CCCCCCCCAUUCGUUUAUACAAUGUUUUGUCUCGUGAUAGCACAUUUGCAGGUAACAUUUGUAUCAUGUUGUGAUGGUGGCUCAUAUAACAGCCUUUAACAGCCACAUAAGAAAUAGCCAACGUGGGGGAUUUAUUUAGCGUAGGAAAGCUUUGAUAUAGAGAAGGAUUAUAAAAAAUACAAUACCUGGGAAGUGAGGGGUGUCGAGCUGUCUGGGCUAUUCAUUUUUUUAAUGAUUUAGGUUACAUUCAUUUUCUUUCUUGUGAGAUUCUAAAGAGGAGGAGGACGGGGGGGUGGGAAGAGAGAUAUAAAGAGAGAGAAAAAAAAAACGACCAAACAUGUUGCCUUCCCAAGAAGCCUCCAAGAUCUACCAUGACAAUUACAUGCGCAAUUCCCGGGCCAUCGGUGUGCUGUGGGCCAUCUUCACCAUCUGCUUCGCCAUUGUCAACGUGGUGGUGUUCAUCCAGCCCUACUGGAUCGGCGACAGCGUCAACACGCCGCAGGCCGGCUACUUCGGCCUCUUCCACUAUUGCGUGGGCACCGGGCCGUCGCCCAACCGGGAGCUCACCUGCGUGGGAAGCUUCUCCGACUUCAGCUCCAUCCCGUCCGGAGCCUUCAAGGCGGCCUCUGUGUUCGUGCUGCUGUCCAUGGUGCUGACCCUCAGCUGCAUCGCCUGCAUGGCGCUCUUCUUCUUCUGCAACACCUCCACCGUUUACAAGACCUGCGCCUGGAUGCAGCUGCUGUGCGGAGUUUGCCUGGUGCUGGGUUGCAUGAUCUUCCCCGACGGAUGGGACGCCGAGGUGAUCCGUGACAUGUGCGGGGAGCAGGCGGGGAAAUACUCCCUGGGCGAUUGCUCUGUACGCUGGGCCUAUAUGCUGGCCAUCAUGGGCAUCCUGGACGCCCUCAUCCUCUCCUUCCUGGCCUUCGUCCUGGGCAACCGGCAGACAGAUUUCUAUCUGGAUGAUUUGCAGACAGACAACAAAGAUUUUGCUGUGUCAAGGAUUGAGGUGCGGGACAGAAGAGAGCCAAGGUAUGGAGUGCAGCGUCUUCACUGAGACAACAAUGACACUGGACAACAUAACCUGUCUUCUCUUUUCUUCUACAAUUAUUUCCUUCCCUAUCCUCUCUUCUCCACCUCAAUUCUCUUAUCUCCAAUGAUCAGGAUAUCACCCAAUCUUAAUACAGACACCAAGUCAACAGGAUUCUGUAAGAUUUAGACAAAAAAAAAACGCACUGGCAAAACUAUAUUUUCAAAAAAAAGAAAAUUAUACAAGGUUGUACAGUGCAUUUAACACUUGACUUUCUCAACGAAUACCUUAAUGAUGGAAAAAAAGGUUUACUGUAUUCAAAGUCUUGAUUUGUGUGAGAAUACAACCCUUACGAUGAAGAACCAUAAUGUCCAUCUAUUAUUUAUUAAGGAUUUAUUUCAAAUCUUGCUAUUUAAUGACUUUGAGUUUGUGUGUUGUGUACAUGCAUUGCUUCAGAAAGCAAAUUAUUGAUACUUCUGGUACACUGAUGAGAGUCGAGACUCGCAAUACAGCGGCAAGUCCAUAACGAAACGUUCAAAACACCUCAACACUGACUUGAAUGGCUCUUCAUCCAAGGACUUUCAAAUGUGAGGAAUUUAAAGGAGUACCCCAUCGCAGCUUUACAGAACCUAACAUCUCUGGGAGAUUCUCUACUGUACAUACUUAACAAUGUAAAUAACUUUACUGCUGACAAAAACAGCCGACAACAAAACCUCAUCUGACUCUAAUGCAUUCAAGUAUAGUACUUAUGACCUGGUUUCAGUGUUCCUUGUGCCAGAAGAGCAUCGGAGUAUGUGCAAAUCCAUUGUGUUUAUAUUACUCCUCACAACUGAGUGGGUGGGAUUAGACAGAUGGGAAUAAAAUGGAUAUCUUUGCUGGAUAUUCCACAGAAAAGCAGGGGGCUGCGAAUCCAAUUGAUUGUGUAUUACAAUUUUUUGACACA